UUGGUUCUUGGUUUUUGAUAAAUGCCUUAUUUUAAAGAUGAUUUGAUUGGUAGUUUCUCCUAAAGUAUUUGUAGGAUCAGGGGGACAGCAUACGAGCACAGAGGAAUUAUUAAAAUUAUCGUACGGUACGAAAGAGGAAAAUAUUAACAGGUUUACAUAGAAAUUUGCUGAAUCUAUUGAGCUAUACGUUUCUGAAAUAUGUAUGUUUCUGUUGAACACAACUGCUUCUUACACUUCUGACACCUCAUGAUUGUAUAUGUUUGGUCUCAUUGGUGUAUACUUAUCAUUCGAAGUAGUUGUAAUAACCAUAGGUAACCUUAACACAUGAUUCAUGCGGACGCUAUAUUCAAAGGAUAUUUUUUUCGACAAACAUUCCAAAAUUAUCUAUGUUAUACACAGGGGCGAGGUCAACAGGACCUCAUAUGUUUCAAAUAGGGAGACAUGAAUACUUUGUAUUUAAAAUAAAUGAAAAUCAGCGCACACGUAAAAUCAGUAAGGAUAUAGAAGACUCCGACAUUCAUAAUUUGAAAUGGGAUCCUGAGCUAGAUUUUGUAAAUCAAGAAAAAAGAUUUCGUAGAGUACCAAAGACAAGUGACACGGAAUGGUCAAAUUUGUGGCACUUGAAUGAAGACGUGUUACCUUCUAUGAAGGUCAAUGAAGCUUGGAAUGCUGGGUUUACCGGAAAAGGGAUAAAAAUUGCUAUCCUUGACGAUGGUUUACAGACCAAUCACACUGACUUAGAUGCAAAUGUGGACACAUUGAAUGAUUAUGAUUAUCAAAGUACGGAUGAUGAUCCGACACCUGACGUUGAUGCUGACAGCCAUGGUACACAAGUGGCAGGUUUGAUAGCUGCAGAAAAAGAUAACAACGAAUGCACAGUAGGAAUAGCAUACGAAUCUACUAUAAUUGGUGUUCGAAUUCUUGGUACCUUAGGAUUAACAGAUUCAGAAGAAGCACAGGCACUCAAUCAUCAUCUUAGCGGUGUAGAUAUUUAUUCCAACAGUUGGGGUCCUACAGAUGGAUAUGGAUUUUUCGAACCCGGCACAAUUACCAAAGACGCCCUUUUAAACGGAGUUACUAAUGGCAGGGGUGGCAAAGGUGUUAUUUAUACAUGGGCAUCAGGUAAUGGCGAAAAAUACGAUAACUGUAAUGGAGACGGAUAUACAAAUAGCAUCUACACCAUAGGUGUGACAAGUGUAGGAGAAGGGAAAGAUGCUUGGUAUUCUGAAGUCUGCGCAGCCGCAUUAGCUGCGACAUACGGUGGAAGUAUCGACUAUAGAUAUUUAACUUCAACGACAACUUCUUCCGGCUGUACAAGUGAUGGCUUACAAGGAACCUCGUAUUCAACACCUAUUGCUUCUGGAAUCAUAGCGUUAGCACUUCAUGCAAAUUCUGCGCUCACGUGGAGAGAUAUUCAACAUAUGAUUGUUCUGACGUCAUCGAGAAAUGGUUUUAACGAUUCUUAUGCCAGCUGGGGAACAAAUGGAGCAGGAAAAGAAUAUAGUCAGGUGCUUGGGUUUGGUUUGAUGGAUGCUGAAGCAAUGGUAACUCAGGCUGCAAAUUGGACGACAGUUCCGACACAACAAACAUGCACAACAUCGACAUUCACUGGAUCCGGCUCAACGUCUGGUGAAUACCACACAACAGACAUAAGAAAUAUUUCAACAUCUGAUUGCUCUUCCAUAGCUUAUUUGGAACAUGUGACAGUUGACAUUUCGUUCUCAUACGACGAAUACCGAGGCGAGAGUGAAUUUUACUUGGUGUCCCCUUCAGGAACACUAAGCCAUUUAAUGAAUUAUCGAAAAGGGGAAGCUGAUAAUUUUUCUUUAGCUGGUGGUUCAUUGUCUUGGAAAUUUAUGUCAGUUCAUUAUUGGAGGGAAAGUCCCAUUGGACAAUGGGCCUUGAUGUUUAAAUCCAGCUUCGGCGAUUCAGUUGUUACUGUCAAUUCUUGGUCGAUCACAUUUUACGGAACUUCCACAGAUCCACUUCCUGAUCAAUGUAUAUCAUCACCAUGUGAGAACACAGGGACUUGUACUAAUUACGCCUAUUCCUUUAGUUGUCAGUGCCCUGAUGAUUAUUCCGGGUCAAAUUGUCAGACCAUUAUCACUACUGUCAGUACUCAAGAAAACUCCACAGAUCCUCUUUCUACUGAUGAUGAUGAUGAUGAUGGUAUAAGUACUACAAUAAUAGUUGGUGCUGUAGUAGGUGGAACUGUCGCUGUAAUUGUGAUUGUCGUCAUUAUCAUUGUAGUUGCAAAAUUCUUUUCGGUAGGAGCAUCAGUGGGCGCUGCCGGUGCUGCAGUAGCAUGA